ACGUGAGUGCUGGAGGGAGAGGGUGUGGUGCGUGUUGCUCUCCCAGUGAAGUGCUAUUUCCUAUACUACGGCUCUUAUAUAUGAAACUGAAAUAUUCACCCAUCAUUACUCUGAUCUUAAUAUUAAUUAAUAAGGUGCUAACUGGAAAUUAGUCUAAUUUACAUGGAAACUGGUUAAAAAAAUUACUUUAAUUACACUAAACUGAGUGUUGUAUCACCCAGUCUAUUGGAUUACAAAAUAUUAUGGUGAAGUUAAGUGUUGUUUUAGCAGUGAACUAAGGCGCCUUGUAGGAUAUGUUCCCCUGAAACGCACUAAGGAAGGAUACAGUACCCUCACCACCUCUAAGGUGGAGGCCAGGAUGCUCAAGUGGACUUUGAAGAACGCCACCGACGCCCCGACGCCGCCGCCCCCUGACGUCCGCUACGAGGUGCAGGCGGCCGAGGUCAACCUUAACCUCAAGGACUCCAACACCUGCUGGCUCGAGACCCAGGUCAAAGUCGCCCAAGUCAGAGCCACUUCGAAAGUUGUAGAAAACGGGAAUGUUUACGACCGAUUGAAUGGGAACGCGGACCAGAGGAACGCGGACCAGAGGAACGCGGACCAAAGGAAGGUGAACCAAGGGAACGCGGACCAGAGGAAGAUGAGCCACAGGAACGUGGAACAAGGGAAGGAGAACGACUCUAUCUUUAAAAGAUGGAUGUCGUCGUCUCACACCCACGCCGAAGAAGAGAAAAAGAGGAAGCGACAGCACAAGCACACAAGCCCAUUGUCGGUCGCCCUGCUAGGCUCACCGACCAACGUGGGUCGCCCAGCUAGACCCACGACCAGCGUGGGUCGCACAGCUAGUCCCACGACCAGCAUUGAUCGCCUAGCUAGACCCACGACCAGCGUGGGUGGCCCAGCUAGUCCCACGACCAGCAUGGGUCGCACAGCUAGUCCCACGACCAGCAUGGGUCGCACAGCUAGUCCCACGACCAGCAUGGGUCGCACAGCUAGUCCCACGACCAGCAUGGGUCGCACAGCUAGUCCCACGACCAGCGUGGGUCGCCCAGCUAGACCCACGACCAGCGUUGGUCGCCUAGCUAGCCCCGCGACCAGCGUGGGUCGCCCAGCUAGACCCACGACCAGCAUUGAUCGCCUAGCUAGCUCCACGACCAGCGUGGGUCGCCUAGCUGGCUCCACGACCAGCGUGGGUCGCCUAGCUGGCUCCACGACCAGCGUGGGUCGCCUAGCUGGCUCCACGACCAGCGUGGGUCGCCUAGCUAGCCCCACGACCAGCGUGGGUCGCCUAGCUAGCCCCACGACCAGCAUGGGUCGCCUAGCGAGAUCCACGACCAGCCUGUGUCGCCUAGCUAGCUCCACGACCAGCCUGGGUCGCCUAUCGAGACCCACGACCAGCAUGGGUCGCCUAGCUAGCUCCACGACCUGCGUGGGUCGCCUAGCUAGCUCCACGACCUGCGUGGGUCGCCUAGCUAGCCCCACGACCAGAGUGGGUCGCCUAGCUAGCCCCGCGACCAGCGUGGGGCGCCUAGCUAGCCCCGCGACCAGCGUGGGUCGCCCAGCUAGCCCCACGACCAGCGUGGGUCGCCUAGCUAGCCCCGCGACCAGCGUUGGUCGCCUAGCUAGCCCCGCGACCAGCGUUGGUCGCCUAGCUAGCCCCGCGACCAGCGUUGGUCGCCUAGCUAGCCUCGCGACCAGCGUGGGUCGCCUAGCUAGCCCCGCGACCAGCGUUGGUCGCCUAGCUAGCCCCACGACCAGCGUGGGUCGCCUAGCUAGCCCCGCGACCAGCGUUGGUCGCCUAGCUAGCCCCACGACCAGCGUGGGUCGCCCAGCUAGCCCCGCGACCAGCGUUGGUCGCCUAGCUAGCCCCGCGACCAGCGUUGGUCGCACAGCUAGUCCCACGACCAGCGUGGGUCGCACAGCUAGUCCCGCGACCAGCAUUGAUCGCCUAGCUAGCUCCACGACCAGCGUGGGUCGCCUAGCUGGCUCCACGACCAGCGUGGGUCGCCUAGCUAGCUCCACGACCAGCAUGGGUCGCCUAGCUAGCUCCACGACCAGCAUGGGUCGCCUAGCUAGCUCCACGACCUGCGUGGGUCGCCUAGCUAGCUCCACGACCUGCGUGGGUCGCCUAGCUAGCCCCGCGACCAGCGUUGGUCGCCUAGCUAGCCCCGCGACCAGCGUUGGUCGCCUAGCUAGCCCCGCGACCAGCGUUGGUCGCCUAGCUAGCCUCGCGACCAGCGUGGGUCGCCUAGCUAGCCCCGCGACCAGCGUGGGUCGCCCAGCUAGCCCCACGACCAGCGUGGGUCGCCCAGCUAGCCCCACGACCAGUGUGGGUCGCCCAGCUAGCCCCACGACCAGCGUGGGUCGCCUAGGGGGUGACAUCAAUUAUAGUAUUACAUUUCAAUGCAACGCCCUGGACCCGCUGCGGCUCUUCUCCGGGGAAGUGACGGACAGUGACACUGGCAGUGUCUACAUGCGGCUCGACCACACCCCCGCCGCCCUCCUGCCGCGGCCGCAGGUGCUGGCCACCACGGGCCCCAGCGACCCGCGCCGCAAGCCCCUGGUCGACCUCUCCAACGGGGACUACAGCGACCUCAGGAAGCAUCUUCAAGACAUCUCCGCUUCACACCGCCAUCACCGCCAUCACCAUCACCCACGGGCGAGGCUGCCGGAGUACCUGCAGCAGUUCGCGCCAUCUCAUUAUCUUCACCAUCAUCACGACACGGGCCUCCAGAGUACAGUAGGGGGAGCCGGAAGCUGUCGCCUGGAGCCCCUAGGAGCCUCAGCCUCGCAAGCCGACCUCAAACUCGACUGCAGACGCCACUCAAGGUCUUCCUCAAGGUCGCGUUCAUCUUCCGCAUCUCGGUCGCGGCCGCUAGCGGCAGAAAAUUCGAGUCUCUUGGCCAACACCACAGUCACCAGCUGCUCCAGCAGCAGCAGAGGCGCUGCCGAGGGGCAGAGUCAGUCCAUGUUGCAGGAGGGUCGAGGGGGGAGAGCCCCACACGCCUUCAAACGUCACUCAAUCGCCGACGUGCCAACGGAGGCGUCUUUCCGUGGCGUGUGGGAGACGCAGAAGGAAAGACGAGGGCGAUCUUGCAGUCGUGAGAGAGGCGAGAGUUCACGCAACAAGUCAAUAUUAUCCAGAUUGAGCAGAGACAAGAGAAAAGAGUCCAGAGUAGAGGAGCGAGAGGAGAGGAGCGGUAGGGGAAGAGAAGGUCGAAGAGCAAGUAGAGAAAGGUCAAGAGAGGAACCCAUAUAUGAGAAAGUUGGCAACGGUGACACCUCGAGUGCCAACACCACCAGCUCGAGCGUGUCCUCCAAGAGAAGCAAGGCCACCUCCGGAUCAAGUAUCAACUCCAGGAAAAGUCUAAACUCUUACGACAAUGCUAUUUACAUGUCAAUGAGAGACUUGCGAGCUCAGUGCCAGCAGCCGAAGACCGAACGAUGUGUUUACGAGGUGGAACACCUGUACUCGCCUCUACACCCGAGGAUAUCUCCAGACCUCAGUCAGACACGUGUCCACACCAGGGAACACCUGUACGAAAAUAUGCUGUAUCUCCCGAUGACUGACGUCAAGAGCUCUACGAAGAAACCACAAGACCGAAGUCGUCCUCUUCCAGAACCGCCCAGUUUUGACCACCACGACCUCGACGACACCUGUGACUUCACCUCGGAACCGCAAAAGGACAUCCACAAACCAGUGGCCAUCAAGAUCUCCAACGACCUCAUAGCACGAUUCGGCAAGUCCCCAAACGAGAGGCAGCAUCCAAUGCCUCACUACGGCCUCUACAUCGCCUCCCAGCCAUCCAAGAUGCCCUGCACUGGUGAAGGCGGCAAGGACAGCGAUCCCCAUAAGGUCGUGUCAGACGGGAGCCGCGGGAAGGUGUACAGGAGCACGGGACAACACGUUCACAUCAACUAUUCUCAAGGUCCUUGUGAGCCGUCAGUGGCGCUGCACAGCCUCAGGCCUCCCCCGCCCCCGCCACCCAGGCAGUCGAAGACAAGCCAGUACAACAACUCUUCCAAAACUAGACAUAAGCCCAAGGGCCAACCCAAGCCAAAGUCAGAUUCACAUCUUCCGAUUAUUUACGAAAAUACGCGGCAAGAAGAAGACUUAUCGCAGUCCGCAAAAAAGAGGAAAUUGCGCCACACUAUGGAAAUUGAAUUCAGCUUCGACGACGAGGAUAUCCCUAUCAAUAGAUGCUCUGGCAAUAGAUGUGUUUCUGAGACAAGUUCUCGAGGUGGUAACAUCUCCAGCAGCGACAACCCUGAUAGUGGUGUGUCUGAAGGUAUCACAACCCCGUUAAUAAGUCCGCUAAGUGCUCCUAGAAGCCCAGAAACGGCGAGAAGCGAUAGUCUUUUAGAGGAGUCCUACACCCCAUUAAGCUUGGAAGAACUUCAUCCAUUCAGAGAAAACGGUGGUCUAACACUCGCCAGAGAAAACGGUGAUAUGAGCAGGAACUCUACUAUUUUGUCUGUGUCUCAUGACAUUACCGAUCCUCGUUUUCUUGAGAGUUUCCUCAGAGACAAGCCACAUUUACGGAAGAAGUAUGAAGGACAAUCAAGCAUUAUAACUGAGGCGUCUGUUGAUGACUUCUUUAAUUAUACAAAUACCUUGUCUUUACAACAGACAUCUUUAAAUAUUUCUUUCUCGAACCUAGAUAAUCUAUAUCAGAAUUAUGUAGACUGCAUAGAGACUUCAAGAAAUAAUAGAAAUAACGAUGUUAGCAAAUUGCUGUUAUGUGCAGUGGGGAGAAACUUAUUUUCCGAAUCAAGCCACAAAGUCUCGACACCAAACAGAGACUCAAGCCAACACACUAAUUCAAUAUCUCGUCGCCAUUCCUUCGCAGGAGUGGCAGACAUUUCCCGUAGGCUGUCUAACAUAGGCUUCAGCGACGACACUUCCCUCUGGGGGAUGGACGUGUCCAGUAACAGUGAGUCAACGCUCAAGAGAUCUAAGUCCCUCCACUGUCUAAGUCCAUCGCUAGUCUCCCAGGAGUCAAGCGACGUUCCCUUAAUGGACUCUAUGGCGAGAAUUCUCGAGAAUCCUGAGUUAUGGCUUCAUCCCUGCGACUACAGUGUACUGUUGGCUAACGGUGAACAAAUAACAGGUGAACAAUCGGAACAGUGGUGGGAGGGUAGGGAGGAGGAGGAGGAGGAGGGAGGUAGGUGGGCAACAAGUGGGUCAGGUGGGGUAGGUGUGGGCCGGCGCGGUCAGCCCGCUCACACGGGAUCACUCGCCCUCUCGCCAGCGUCCCACCACCAUCUUCGCCAGCCCAUUCCAGCCCCACACAGCCCGACCCUCCUCCUCCUCCCCCCUACGUGUAACCCGACCCCAGCGCUUCCGGUAGAGAUGAACGGUGGGAAACAUGUGGCCGCAGGGCAUGCGGGUGCCUGCCAUUCAGUGCCUCUCCGGUCGCCAUCCUGCGAGGACACACCUCAGUUGGACUCGAGUCCGUGUGGAAGCGAGUGUUGCGCGGACUUGACAGUUCUGCCCGGCGCCUGUGACCUGACGGCGCGACAGAGGCGCCGACAGGAGGAAAGUACCUUCCGCCUCCAGCAUAUGCUACGGGAUUGUGCACAACCACUUCGGGCAAAUGAUUCGGAGGACUCUGUUAGCGCUGACUGGUCUAUGGAAGCGGUCCUGAACGAAGUGUCAACAAUAGACCACCAAGACCUGGACGCUGAGAUCAGCGACCCACUUGACUUUCCCGACUCUCCCGACUGCCAGGACGUCAUCAGCCUCUGCACCCUCGAUAGCGACUAUGCUGACAGCAUCUUCAUAAGCCCCAAGUUGUGCCAGAAAAUCCAGCAGGUGUCAGAGGAAAAAAUGCUCGCCAGACUAAGAAAAUCUUUCCGCGGUAAGAAAGACAAACGUUCCGGGAAUGAGGUGGAUAAACCCAAGACAACAGCUCCUGCGAAAGUUGGCAUCCUUAUGUUUGUAGACAAUCCCAUGUAUUUGAGCCCCGAAGUGAAGAAAGAAGCAAAGAUUGUGAGCGCCCAAAACAAUGAAAACAGUGUGUGGUACGUGGGUAACCCCAUGUAUAACUCCCCAGAACCUAAUAAGUUACGAAAUGUGAAUUAUGAUAUACGACAGAAAGUGCUUUGUGAAAAAGAAAAUUUAAGAAACUCGCGCUUAGCUAAAGUGGUCUGUCAGAGCGCCACCAACCGCAAACCCUUGUCUAGCAUCUGGCAUCAAAGCAAUCCUUGUUACGAGUCCCCGGAUACUAAGAAACUUGAAGUGAAACUAAGCAACCUCAAGGCCUCGUCUGGCAACCUUGACGACACCUACCUGACGCCAAUACCAGUGAAACACCCCAAGAACUUCGUCCCCCGCCCAACCGUUGUCGUACCAGCCAGCCUGGCCGCCGACAAGGACAUCCUUGACGCACAAAAGUUCCUUGACCACGAAUACUGCACAAUCCCCGGUGAUGAGUCCGACUCCUGGGUGUCCCAGUCCACCACCUCCAGGAGGAGCGAGUCCCCCAGCGCUCGGAGGUCCCUCGAGUUCGGCGCCAAUCAGAGCAAAACUAGAGGAACGAGGCCGCUGAACACGCCCUCGAGGAUGUGGCGACAGACAGCCAAGAACCAGCACUCGACGCCCAGGAAGUACCAGGGAACGCUGGAGAAGAACCUGAAUUCCGGAGCGCCCCUGGGGACUCGGGGACUCAAGACGCCCCGGACUGUCAAGAGAGGCAAGAAAAGCAAGGACAUUUGCCAGGAGGAGGUCAGGAGUUCGUCGUCGCCUCCGCCGCUCCCAGCGCGGCCCCACCCACUCCACAGACACUAUGAGAACGACAGGUCGACCUCCACCGUCGGCUUCGAGGACACUAAUGACUUCCACCACCGCGGGGACCUCCAGGACCUCCACAGGCGAGGUCUCAAGGACCUGGACGACACGGGGGAGUUCCAACUACCUCCUGAUAGUAUGUAUGAGAGCAUCAACUCUCACCAGGCACGUGGGUCCUGUGGUCUAGCCAGAUCAGUCUCCCACGCCUCCGGUUACAGCCGGAGGCUCCGACAGGUGUUGCACCCGUCAGGCAGCUCCUCGGUGUGUUCCUCGCCAGUGCCCUCCUCCUCGAGGGCCAGCCGCUCCCGCUGCAGUUUCUCUGGGACAAAAAACUUGUUGGGGGGCUCCCUAGGAGAAGGGAGCCUGAAGGGGCGGUCGAGAAGGACCUCCACCACCAAGAGAGUAAGCAAGAAGUACCGUGCCAGAGACGUCUUACAGAGCAAGGCUGUUUCGUCGGCAGCCUCGUGUCGUAGGAUCUAG